AUGGAAGAGGGAAGCAACCUUUUAAUGGUUCUAGCUUGCAUGAUAUUGUCAUGGAUCUUCUUCCAUAGAUGGCAACAGAGGCACACAAAAGGCCCAAAAACAUGGCCACUCGUUGGGGCUGCAAUCGAACAGCUAAUGAAUUACGACAGAAUGCAUGACUGGCUUCUUAAAUACCUGGCUGAGUCAAGAACUGUGGUGGUCCCAAUGCCGUUCACGGCUUAUACUUACAUUGCUGAUCCUGUUAAUGUAGAGCAUGUGCUCAAAACCAACUUUUCCAAUUACCCAAAGGGUGAAGUAUAUCAUUCAUACAUGGAAGUGCUGCUUGGAGAUGGUAUCUUUAAUGUAGAUGGUGAGCUUUGGAGGCAACAAAGGAAGACUGCAAGCUUUGAAUUUGCUUCCAAGAACUUGAGAGAUUUUAGCACUGUUGUUUUCAGAGAGUACAGCCUUAAACUCUCUGCUAUUCUUGGUCAAGCAUCUUUCCAGAAUCAAGAAGUAGACAUGCAGGAAUUGUUGAUGAGGAUGACUUUGGACUCAAUAUGUAAGGUGGGAUUUGGUGUAGAAAUAGGAACCUUGGCUCCUCAUCUACCGGAUAACUGCUUUGCACAGGCAUUUGACACUGCAAACAUCAUUGUUACUCUUAGAUUCAUUGAUCCUCUAUGGAAACUCAAGAAAUUUCUUAAUAUGGGUUCAGAAGCUAUACUUGACCAGAGCAUUAAGACUAUUGAUGAUUUUACAUAUUCUGUCAUUCGAAGAAGGAAGGCAGAAAUAGAAGGUGCUCAAGAAACUCAUAAAAAUGAUAAGAUUAAGCAUGACAUAUUGUCGAGAUUCAUUCAGCUAGGCCAAGAUCCUGAAAGCAAUAUAACUGAAAAAAGCCUGAGAGACAUUGUUCUGAACUUUGUGAUUGCUGGCCGUGACACAACCGCCACGACUCUAUCUUGGGCAAUAUACAUGAUCAUGACUCAUGAACAUGUAGCAGAAAAGCUUUACUCCGAGCUAAAAGCUUUUGAAGAAGAUUGGGCAAAAGAAGAGAAUGUCUCAUUGAAUCAGUACAACGCAGAGGAUCCACAAACAUUCAAUCAGAGAGCAAUCCAAUUCGCUAGGCUCAUGUCUUACGAUUCAUUGGGAAAAUUGUAUUACUUGCAUGCUGUGGUCACAGAAACACUUCGAUUGUACCCUGCUGUCCCUCAGGUAAUGCGGUACACAUGA